ACCUUUUCGUGUGUGCUUUCACCGCAAGGGAACUUUUUCGUGCGUGCUAUCUGCACAGGCGGGAACGCGGGCAUCGGAAGCUGGCUCAGGAAUGUCGUCGGCGGGGAAGGGUCUCGGUUUGGAGUCGAGGCGGAGGGACUCGAUCUUGCCGAUCCGUCUAGUCAGCACUGCUGAUCUCGACUACAGAUCUUGUCGUUGCCGAGUCGAUGCAGCGCUAUUGAGCGACAUACACGUGUCGAUCAACCAGCCAGUACGCGUUUUCGUGAGAGAAGUGUCAGCCACUGAUGCAGCUCAGGAGAACGAUCAGACUCAGGUGCGAUCAUCGCCCAGUCAACAGCGAUGGGACUGGACCUUCAUAUGCAUAGCGUCCGCGUGGCAGGUGGGCAGUGUUGGUCUAAGUUGCCCACACGGCUAUCUGCUGUUGGAUGCGACAGUUCAGUGCGCGCCAAUUCGGCGCUCGCGGGGUGAUCUCCGCAGGUUGUCAGCGGCAGCGGGACGGCGUUUGGAGGGGUGUGUGGUUGCUUUCGAAGGCGAGGCGGAGGCCGCGGGAUGCGUUUCGAUAGAUAUCGUUGACGGCUGCGAAAAAGCGGGCAAGGGGAGACGAGGGGGCGGCGGCGGCGAUGGUCUUGUGUCGCACAAAGAUCGAAUCGUCGCGUGGGUGACAAAUCAAUUGCGACACAAGGUCGUCUUGCCGGGAUCGCGUAUAGCGCUACACGUGCCACUUCAUGAGGCAGAGGCGAAGAAGCAAGAGGAGGAGGGGGAGCAGGAGAAGCAAGGGAGGAAAGGAGAGGGCGAGGGAAGUUACGUUCGAAUUGUGAAUACGAUUCCACGCGGAUCUAUUGAACGUCGGCCGAUCAGAAUCGUCCAAUCAACGGCGGUGAUUUGCCAGCAGUCGGGACCGACAGGGAAUCGGGAUCGAGAUUGUCGUAGCCCUUCGGUGCCCGGUUCGGUAACGCUCAGGACGAAGAGCGGCGCCGCCAUGGCCGCGAGGAUGGAGACGAAAGCCGGGGUUGGAGAGGCGAUCAAGGCAACACCGCACGUGGCUGAUGCGGCGGCGUAUGGGAAUGCUCCUGCGGAAGCCCACUUGGCAGGAAUGCAUGCAGCCUUGGUGUCGAUGAGGGAGGUGGCUGUAUGGCCGUUGAUCUACGCGAAGGAAGCUUUUCAUCUUGGACUGCAGUGGCCACGUGGACUGCUUCUGCAUGGGCCUCCAGGAACUGGAAAGACCCUCCUGGUCCACGCGAUUGCACAGGAAUGUGGAGCAAGUAUUCACACAAUCAGCGCAGGGUCAGUCUUUGGUGCAUACGCUGGUGAGAGCGAAAGGAAGCUGAGAGACACCUUCGCAAAGGCUGCAGAGGAUGCAGCAUGUGGUAUUCCUGCAAUCAUCUUCAUCGAUGAAAUCGAUGCACUUUGCCCACGAAGAGAUGGAAGGAGGCAGCAGGAGGUGCGGGUUGUGUCUCAACUCUUAACACUUAUGGACGGCAUUACGAGCAAAACGGACGGAAGCGGAAGCAACGGUGCACGCGUACUUGUGGUCGCAUCAACUAACAGACCUAACGCGCUUGAUCCAGCACUUCGGAGGCCUGGGAGAUUUGACCGUGAGGUUGCAGUUGAUAUGCCAAAUUUGAAUGAGCGGCUGGAGAUCCUCCAGCUGCAUGCCAGGGGCUUGCCACUUGCUCCGGGGGUGGAUCUUUGCGACAUUGCGGCCUACUGUCAUGGGUACACAGGUGCAGAUAUUGCAGCACUGUGUCGAGAAGCAGCCAUGGCAGCGUUGAGGAUAGAGGCAUCAGCAGCCAAUGGAGUACAGACGUGUUUAGCUGGUCACCACAGAGGCGAAGGGCUGUGUGAAAACGCCAAUGUGCUGGCCAAGCAGGCCUCAGGUAAUGGGCAGGAGAACGGCGAGUGGCUUGUGACCAUGAGUGAGUGGAAGGAGGCGAUGAAGAGAGUUGGCCCGUCGGUUGUUCGGGGAUCCACAUCGGAAGUCCCAGAGGUCACGUGGGAGGAUAUCGGUGGACAUCAUGAUGUAAAGCGUAGGGAGAGGGUGCAGCAGCAGCAGAGGGCCAGGGACGCCGAAGCAAGCAAGACUUUAGCAAGUGAGGCUGCUGCUUCAGCAGCCAUGGUUAGCGCUGCACAGCAAUCCUCUCAGGCUGGGAGUUCAGGAACUGUAGGGUCAACUGCGGCGCAGACCCAGAGUCAGUCCAUUGGCGUGAUGGCAAGCCAGCCAUUAGUGUUGACCUCCGAUGAGAUCGCCAUACAACACGCAGCCCUGCAGGAGGCCCAACUACAACAUGCAUUAGGACAGAUAAAAGCGGAGAAAGAAAGAAUGAUUAGGAGAAGAGCCAGGUUACAGAGACGAGAAGUGGACAUUAGAGUGUUAGAGGAAAUGGAUCUGACUAAUCUUGAUGCGGAUGUGAGGACAGUACAGACGGCCCUGCUAGGAAUAAUAGAGAUGCAGGACCAACAAACUGCCGUCCUCCAGGACAUUCAGCAGAGUCUAGCCUUGCUGGUUGGACGACUGCAGCCAGCGCCAUUACCGUCCGGGCCUGGUGCCUGCCCCGUGGCACAUCCUCCACCUUUUGUCCCACAGGUGACUGGGGUGUCCCCAUAUGUCGCCCCAUCAUCGGUCGUUAUCGUUUCCCUGGGCAUGCCGCUAUCAGGAGGGUUAUCAGCAGCACCUAGUGUUCAGAUUCCUAUACAGUCAUUGUUAUCCCAACCUCCGUCGCAGUUUGCCAUCAGUGGGCAAUGUGUUGUCCCGCAACCUGUGCAGCCGCAGGGGACUCAGCCCCAGCAGCAGAAUCAGUUGGCAGCAAAGGCUAACAUCAAUGUGCACAACUUUCCGUCGUUCAACAAGAAGGCCCUAGACCUUGAGGCGAAGAUAGGGGAUGGACACAACCCAUCGACGAAUGGUAGGAUAAAGACAUUGCCACUCAGUUGGAAGGCGAAGGGGCGCAUUAUGUUCGUCGACAAUGAUGGUUCAACCAUCGAGUUGGACGACGACCCCGAGUUGGGAGCCCGUUCAGAGGCAGAAAGCGUAGAGGCUUCAAAGGGUGGAGUAGUCGUUGCGGUAACACAACAAAAAAGUGAGGCCAACAUCAACAUGCACAACUUCCCCACGUUUAGCAAGAAGGCCCUAGACCUAGAAGCAAAGAUAGGGCAUGGUCAGACACCCACGACGGAUGGUAGGAAAAAGUCACUGCCUUCCAACUGGAAAGCGAAGGGACGCAUCAUGUUCGUCGACAACGAUGGUGCCACCAUCGAGUUGGACGACGACUUCCAGGCGGGGGUGGGUUCAGAGGCUGGCAGCGUAGAAGCUUCAGGGGGUGGAGUAGUUGCUGCUGUAGCUCAAAAAGAAGAAGAAGUGGCAAUGUACAUACCCCAGGAUGAUCAGGAAGCCGCUAUGAAAGCUUGGGAAGCGAAAAAAGAUGUCGUGAAGCAGCAGGCGAUGGAAGAUGAAAAGAGGAUGGAAUGGAGAUUGGCAGUGAUGAGGGAGAAGAAAAGGAGAGUGGACGCGGCGACGGAGGCGGCAAAAGAAUUAGAGGAAGUAAAAAGGAUAGAGGAGCAAUUAGCCGCCCAGACUGAACUCCCGACCCAAAUGCGAGUCAUAGCUCGAAAUGUUGCACGCCUGGCACGAAUUCAGGCGGAGCAAUAUGACUUCAGUAGGAGUCAGCACAUAGCUGUGCGUUCAAUAAAGUUGGGGUUUCGGGAAUUUGCGCGCGAGCUGGUAGGCGUUGUAGGAACCGAGGUGGGCCACCGCCUCGACAAGACCGAGCGGUUCUGUGCUGGCGCCAUUGAGGGCGUCAAGGCGGCAGCCCCCAAGGAGGAGGAAGCACGUCCUCCUCGCCGGGAACCAGUCAAGGUCAAAUUCCCUGAUUCCUACAGUGGGAAAAGGGAAGAGAACUUUGACAAUUGGGAAGCUAACGUUAAGACCUAUGUGCACUUGCAACAGGUCUCCCCAGAUCAGCAGGUUCUGAUUGCGAUCCACGCGCUGAGAGAUGAGGCCGCCAGUUUUGCAAGUGUUAAGGCCUCAGACAAGCUCCAAACCAUCCAUUCUCGGAAGAGCGCUAGGGCACUCAAGGGUACAAUGGAUGAGUUGGUGGCCGUCCCUGACCACGGGGUCACAGAGGGCCAAUUGGUCAACCUCUUUUACCGGGCUAUGCCCGAAGCCUUUCGAGGGCAGUUCUUCGCAAAGAGCGAAGAUCUUGCCACCACUUACGAUUCCCUUAGCCGUGAAGUGGUGGCUUUUGAAGCGAAGUCCGUGUCCCUAUCUACCUUCUUGCACAAGGACUUGGACAGGGGAAAGCAAUGGAAAGGCCGCACUAUCUCAGGGCAGGUAAAGACUAAGGACAACCUUAUCCUGACUUUAGAUGAAGGUAGUGUGGAUGAGAUCCCCUACGAUCAGAUUGAGUGGGGGCUAGAGGAGGAGGACAGCGGUGUGGGCCAGGGGAGAUCCUACGCUGUUGUCGCGGCUGGAGGGAGGCUGCAAGGAGGAAGAGGCCAGGGCCAAGGGGGCCGGGCCUCAGGGAACCGGUUCCAGGGCGAUCAGGGGGUUGGCGGCAGAGGAGGAAACCGCCAAGCGGGAGGCAGGGGUCAAGGUCCCUCGCAAAACCGUCCUAGGAAUAGGUCUCCCUAUAGAGUAGGAGGAUGGCACCCAGGGCUACCUCAGGGCCGGUGUCUAGACAGCUGUCCCGAAACUCCUUGUGUUAGAGUUUCGUUAGACACCUCCCUCACAGGCGUGGCCGAAGAGUUGAAGGAGAGGAUGCCCGCCUGGGCCAAGAUGAAGAAGGAGAAUAAAGGGCAGCUUAUAUUGCUAGAUACAGAGAUUUUUAGAAGUAGAGUAGGGGCCCUAAUAGACUCAGGGGCCACUCGCAGCUAUAUUAGUAGGAAAGCGCUGCAGAAGUUGAGGUUGGGACUUAAAGUCCAGAAACUGACAGACCCCAUAGUUAGUAUCCUCGCGGACAAUCACACUAUGGUUGUAGAGGAUUACGUAGAGGGAGUCCAGGCGUAUUUUCGCCUAGAGAAAGAUGGGAAAGUGGAAAAGAUUCUCCACUCCCUUACUCUCCUCGUAGAAGACAGCCUCCCCUUUGAUAUUGUGUUGGGAAUGGAUUGGGGAGAGGCAUUCGGGGCAACGCUCCAUCUGAAGGAGCAUGAGUGUAGGCUCCCUAGUUCUGCAGGCGAGGCUAAGACUGCCCGCCUGUUCCAUGUGUCAGGRGUAGAGAAUUCCUUGGCGCAGUGCUGCCUUAGUGCCCCCGCAUUCGCCAGAUUGGUGAAGAAGGAGAAACUAGAGGAACAGGUCUUUGUUGCCUAUGUUAGGCCAUUCACUGAGCCUACAGAGGAGAAGCCGAUGGACCCUGCGAUUGCCAGGCUGCUGGAAAAGUUCAAGGAUCUAACUGAGCCGCCGAUAGGAGUAGUACCGCGGCCCAUCCAGCACCGCAUUGAGAUAGAGCCUGGCAGUAGAACUCCUAAGGGUGCCGUGUACAGGAUGUCCCCACGGGAGUUAGAGGAACUUCGCAAGCAGUUAGACGAGCUCCUCGAGAAGGGUUGGAUUAGGCCCAGUUCGUCUCCUUUCGAAGCACCUGUCCUCUUUGUUCCUAAGAAAGAGGGAGAGCUGAGAAUGUGCAUAGACUAUAAAGGUCUGAAUGUCUUGGAGAAGCUGAGGGAAGCUAACUUCAAGAUCAAUGCAAAGAAGUGUGAUUGGGCGAAGACCCAAGUUUUGUAUUUAGGCCACGUCUUAGAUGGAGACGGCGUUAAGCCAGAGGAUAGCAAGAUCGCAGCGAUUAGAGAUUGGCCCACGCCACGUACGCUGACAGAGUUGCGCUCGUUCCUGGGCUUAGCAAAUUACUACAGGAAGUUCGUGAGGAACUUCUCCACCAUCCAUGCUCCCCUUCGCAGAUUGCUGAGAAAAGAGACAAUCUGGAAGUGGGACAAGGACUGCACGUCUGCGAUGAAGAAAUUAAAACAGGCAUUGAUAGAGUAUCCGGUCCUUAAGGUCGCCGAUCCGUCCUUGCCUUUUGUCGUUACUACGGAUGCUAGCCAGUACGGCAUAGGCGCGGUGUUGCAGCAAGACGAUGGCAAUGGGUAUAGACCCGUAGAGUUCAUGUCCUCCUGAAUGCCUUCAGAGAAGGUCGCGACAUCUACCUAUGAGAGGGAACUCUACGCUCUUAGGCAAGCGUUAGAC